ACAUGGGGGUCUCCAUCAGGCGAAGACAGCUGAGCCCAAAGCGACUUACACACACAGGGCUCGACCAAGGCAACCAGGACAUACUGCUUGGCACUUUUCCCCUAACCAAACGGCACGUAGAGACGGUAAAAUUUGUAAAAAGAAGAACCUGACGCAAUGGUGAAAUCUACUGUUGUCAAUCGCUUGGACGGACUUCCCUUGGCAGCUAGUGUCGAUGAUGAGAAGACCGAGAAGGAUUUGGAGGCACACAAAAAGCAGGCCAAGUUACUCUUAAAACGUUUGACACCAACAUCAGAGAAAAUGGCUAGUGUUGAAGCUGGAAACUACACCUUCCACUAUCUCAUCGAUAACAAUAUUUGCUACCUUUGCAUCUGUGAUCAAUCGUAUCCACGCAAGCUUGCAUUUUCCUACCUCGAAGAGCUCGCUUCUGAGUUCUGGAGUAGCUACGGUGAAGAUGCUCUGAAACCGAACUUGCGACCCUUUGCCUUUGUUCAGUUUGACCUUUUUAUGCAAAAAACAAAACGUCUUUAUAAUGCUCCUCGAACAAAUGAGAAUUUGGAUCGUCUGAACUCAGAGCUGAAGGAUGUGACUCGGGUGAUGACGAAGAACAUUGAAGACUUGCUUUACCGCGGAGACUCGCUCGACAAGAUGACUGACUUGAGUUCCAAGUUGCGUUACUCUAGUGCCAAGUACAAGAAAGCGGCUCGUCGUGUGAAUAUUGAGGCCAUGCUGCGCCAGUACGCCCCCAUUGUCCUGUUUAUUAUUCUUUUCGUUGGAUUCAUUUACUGGAGAUUCUUUUAAGGAUUGGUUGUUUCAAAGUUAAGGGGCAUCAGCGCUCCCGCAUCCACAUAUGCUUGACCCUACUGCGCAACAAUUCGUGGCUAGCAAUUUCUUUGGCUGCUUUCUAACCCGCACUCCUUCCGCUCAUUCUACUCACGACCUCAUUCUCGAGCUAUGGACGACGUUUUCAGACGCCGUUUUCCCCCUGCUCCCUUUCACCUCUUUGCCCUCUGGAACAUCCGCAACACUCUCUUCCGCUACUAUUACCUCCACUACCUUCUUGUACAGCCUUAUGGCUUUUGUAUAGCAAUUACAUAUUCGUUCACCCGCUGUCA